GGUCGAAUGAAUUUGGCACACCAAAUUAAUCAAUUUUUCCCUCCCAAAAUUUGCACGUUUCCCUUGAUGAGAACAGUAGGUGCUCUUUUCCAUCUGGCUCUCCCUUUCCUCCUCCUCACUUUUCCACAUCAAACUUUCUUCCCUCUGCAGCACAAUUAUACAUAUUAUACGUAUCCUAAAAUCUAAAUCUUGUUCGACAUUCUAAAAAUCAUCAUUUUUCAGUCUGAUUCUGUACAUAUAGAAAUUAGAAACCAAAAAAAAAAAAAAAAUGCAUGCAAUAAAAGAGAGAUUUUCGGAAACACUAUCAAAAAAUUUUUCGGACUCUCCAUCAUCUCAAAUGCCAGAUCAAAAACCUGAGGCCAGGCCGUAUACUAAUGAGGGAAAGUCUAUAUUAUCCUUCAUUCUGCCAUCAGCUGGUCUUGAUUGGUUUAGAUCAAACAACCGCAAUAAUGAGGUCAAAUCGCUUGAAUCUCAUUCUUUUAAAUGGAGAAGUAGAAGUUUUUUGUGUAAAGAUAAACCCAUGGAUAGAUACUCAAAAUGUGAUAUUGAGUACCCUUGUCAGGAAUUUGGAGAACAUGUCUCCGUCAGGGGCCUAAGUCAGAAUAAUGAGUCAAGUCCUUGCGUGGAAAAUGGAGAACCUGGCUCCAGGAGGAGCACUUGUAGCAGCACUGAUGUAUUUGAAGAUGCUGCUGAUUCAUAUAGUUUUGAGAAGACCAUGCCCAACCUCACUGUUGAAUCCCUUUUCAUUUCUCCAGAUUUGUAUGAGUUUUUCGAUUCAUCCCUUCCUAAUAUAGUAAAAGGUUGUCAAUGGGUCUUGAUAUACAGUACCGUAAGACAUGGUAUAUCACUUCGAACUCUCAUUCGUAAGAGCGCCGAUCUCUCUGGUCCUUGUCUUUUGAUUACUGGUGAUAAGCAAGGUGCUGUAUUUGGUGGGUUACUUGAAUGCCCCCUAAAGCCUACUGCAAAGAGAAAAUAUCAAGGAACGAAUCAAACCUUUGUAUUCACGACCAUAUAUGGUGAACCGAGGCUUUUUAGACCUACUGGUGCCAACAGAUAUUUUUACUUGUGCUUGAAUGACUUGAUUGCACUUGGAGGGGGUGCAAACUUUGCUUUACGCUUGAAUGAAGAUCUGUUAUCUGGAACCAGCGGUCCGUGCGAAACAUUUGGGAACUUGUGUUUGGCUCAUGAUCAAGAGUUUGAAUUAAAGAAUGUUGAGCUGUGGGGUUUCACGCAUGUUUCUCAAUACCUUAAUUGAAGCAAGAAUUCACAUUAAUUUUUGUUCUUUUACCUUCCUAAAUCAUUGAUUAUCCAAACCUUUUAUAUUUUUAUUCUUAAGUGAAAAUUGUAGUAGUGCCUGCAUUUUUCAGGAUAAUUUGUUCUGUACAUGUUAUAUUCAUAUUUAGAUUUACAUUGCUAAG